AUGAUCAACACUGGAAAGCUGGCUGGACGUACGCUCUUCAUUACGGGAGCUUCGCGAGGCAUAGGCAAAGCAAUCGCACUGAAAGCCGCCCAAGAUGGAGCGAAUGUCGUGGUCGCAGCCAAGACGGCCGAUCCACAUCCAAAACUCCCCGGCACAAUCUACACAGCGGCAAAGGAGAUCGAAGCCGCUGGCGGUAAAGCUCUUCCUUGCGUGGUGGAUGUACGCGACGAAGCAGCUGUUCGUACCGCCGUGCAGAAUGCCGUGGCCAAGUUCGGAGGAAUCGAUAUCGUAAUCAACAAUGCCAGUGCAAUCUCACUCACGCCAACGGAACAAACCGAUAUGAAGCGAUAUGAUCUAAUGCACCAGAUAAACUCGCGUGGCACGUUCCUGGUAUCUAAAGAAUGCAUUCCUUACCUUCGCAAGAGCAACCAUGCACAUAUCUUGAAUAUUUCACCACCCUUGAAUAUGGCUCCGCUUUGGUUCAGCAAUCACGUCGCCUACACCAUGGCCAAGUAUGGAAUGUCGAUGUGUGUUCUCGGUAUGGCGAAGGAGUUUGAGAACGCCAACAUUGCCGUCAAUGCGCUCUGGCCCCGUACUGCCAUCCACACGGCGGCCAUGGAGAUGUUGACGGGUAAGGAGAGUGAUCAAUUUUCGCGCAAGCCAGAAAUCAUGGCCGAUGCGGCAUACGCCAUCCUUUCAAAGGAACCCCGUGUUGCGACGGGCAAAUUCAUGAUCGAUGACGAGGUCCUUAAGGCGGAAGGUAUAACAGACAUGAAGCAGUACGCGUGCGUACCCGAGAACGCAGACAAACUGAUGCCGGACUUUUUCCUCGACGUCGAGCCGGAAAAGUUGGUGGAGUUUGCGGCAGAAGGUAGCCAUGCGGCUUCGUUGAAGAAACCAGCUGCCGCUGCCGGUGGUAAGAUUGAGGGAUUGUUCCUGAAAAUCGAGAGCCUGCUCAGUGAAGAGAUCGUCCGCAAGACGGGUGCCGUGUACGAGUUCAAGGUGAAGGGUGAGGAGGCCGGAACGUGGUUCGCCGAUUUGAAGAAUGGUACCGGCAAGGUGGGCAAGGGCAAUCCGCCGGCAACGGCUGAUGCGGUGCUGACGAUGGAUUCCAAGCACUUCUUCGACAUGUUCACAGGAAAACUGAAGCCGGCAAAUGCAUUUAUGACGGGCAAGCUGAAGAUCUCUGGUGAUCUACAGAAAGCGAUGAAGUUGGAAAAAUUGAUGGGUGGUUUAAAGUCUAAGCUUUAA